GUUCAACUCGGCCCCUCAGUAGCGAACCGACCGCCGACCGUACACAUCGUCUGGCCCGUGCUCGCCGCGCGCCACUCUGCUGCGAACUUAAACACGAUAGCGUCCAAACAUCCUACCUGGAAUUAAAACUUUUACGAAUUAUAUUUUAAAUUUUAUGCUUAGUAAUCGCGUUCUCGUAUAAAAGUCCGCGACUCGUUAGUACGUCCACUUUAGUUAUAAUAACGAGUGACAGGGGAGAAACCCUGAUCGCCGGCAUUCGUCGCGCUGACGAUGAGGUCCGUCCUCGGGGUCCUCGCAGCGUGCUAACCAUGGGAACCCUCAUCAAAUUCCCACUCACGAUCCGCUUUGAUAUAUUGAUUUCAUGAGACCCGGAUAGAUGAAGAUGUUAUUGAAAAUAGGAGGCAAACUGCCCCCGAGCGUGAGGCUCGCGGACAAGGAGAAAAAAGAGUCGAACAAGGAGAAGAGAGAGACUCGGCGGGAGAGCAAGAAGGCCACUGAAAGGUGCGAGGAGCGUUGUCCCGGAGACCCGUGGGCGUACUGUGCGGUGCUGUGGUGUGCGUGCGCCAUGAGCCUAGUGUCCAGCGGGUACAGCCUGUACCGACAGCAGGGGCUGCAGGGCCGGCUGGCGCUGCUGGAGGAGCAGCACGCAGCGUUGCGCAGCGCCGUGCUCGAGCCCCUACAACCCGCCGCCAGAUUGCGGCGCGACCUACGCCCGCCGCGGCUCCCACGACCCUAUCUGCACUGGCGCGCUGCACGCAGCAUCAGGGACUAUGGCGACUGCGGAUGUCCACCAGGCCCCCCCGGACCGCCGGGCAAGCGCGGCAAGAAAGGCAAGAAAGGUGACACCGGCGAGUCCGGCCCCCCGGGUUUAAUGGGUGCUCCGGGGAAGAAUGGAUUUCCGGGGAGCAAAGGGGAGAAAGGCGAGCGAGGCUUUAUGGGACCGAUUGGACUGGACGGGCCUAAGGGAGACCCGGGACGGCCGGGGGACAAGGGGCAGAAGGGCGAGCUGGGCAGUCCAGGUUUUGAUGUUUUCGCUGCAGUGAAGGGGGUGAAAAGAUCCGUGGACAACUAUAAGAUGAGUGCGUACACGACGGCGGAGAUCAUUGCCGUGAAGGGGCUGCAGGCCGCCGGACACAACAUCUCCGCGCACUCCGUCAUCCAGUUAAAGGGUGAGCCCGGAGAGCCGGGGCCGCCAGGCGCGCCGGCGGUACAAAUGACAACUAACGCGUUAGAGCCGAGGCAAUGCUUACCCGCUAACCCGUCCGGCGUUCCUCAGCGCUAG